AAGUUCAUACAAUCACGAGAUGACUUUACGUAAUAAAGUAGUAUUGUUGUUUUUGGAGGCUUUAAUGUUACAGUAACAGUGGAGCACUUCAGAGAUCAGUUUACUAACAGGACUUUUACUUCGUGGAAUACAAUCAUGAAUAUAAAGUUCAGCCUUAACCAAUCCAUGCUCACUGACGUUACAGACUUGAUGACCCUGAUCCAAGAAAACUGCGGAGGGAAGUUGCGGUUCUCCUGCACCAAGUGUGGUCGCCAGUAUAACCGCAAGGACAACCUACAGCGCCACGUGCGGUUCGAGUGCGGUAAAGAACCACAGUUCAAGUGCCCCCACUGCGACCACAAAACAAAACAGAGCGGAAACAUGAAGACUCAUAUCAUCCUGAAACACCCUCACCAACUCAACAGUGCACAACAUUGAUGUUCCUUUUUUAUCAACUGAAGCAAUUCUAUUUUAUGGACUGGACAAUUGUUUUUAAUAAGCUCAAAAUAUGAUAUUGUUUUCAUAAAUACACUUGUCAUUAAAAAUG